AAGGGUGUGGCUCAUUUCUGUCUCCUGCUAUAAAGCUCACUGCGAUCAUUCACACAUCCUGAUCUCACUGAGGUCCUUGAAGCCUGCUGUCUGUUUCUUCAGCAUCAUGAACGACAUCUACAAAGCAGCGGUAGAGCAGCUCACAGACGAGCAGAAAAAUGAAUUCCGCGCAGCCUUCGAUAUCUUCGUUCAGGACGCAGAGGACGGCUGCAUUAGCACCAAGGAGCUGGGAAAGGUGAUGAGGAUGUUGGGACAAAACCCCACACCUGAGGAACUGCACGAGAUGAUCGAUGAAGUGGAUGAGGAUGGCAGUGGGACAGUGGACUUUGAGGAGUUCCUGGUGAUGAUGGUGAGAUGUAUGAGAGAUGACAGUAAAGGAAAGUCAGAGGAGGAACUGGCUGAACUCUUCCGCAUGUUCGACAGGAAUGAGGAUGGUUAUAUAGACCUUGAGGAGCUGAAGGUGAUGCUGGAGGAAACAGGAGAGAACAUCACUGAGGACGACAUUGAGGAGCUGAUGAACGACGGAGACAAGAACAAUGAUGGGAGAAUCGACUACGACGAGUUUAUGGACUUCAUGAAAGGUGUGGAAUAAGGAGCCUGAGUUUCAUCCUGCUUUGUUCUACAUCUGUGAAAAUGUAACAGGACAUAAAUGACGUUUUUGUUUCUGGUGAAAUUUCACAUCUGUAAAUAAAAUGUUUGAGUUC